GUGAGGCAGAGGGCAGGGCUGACAGGAGCCGCGCUGCAGCGCGACGAGGCCGGGCUCCUGCUGCCCCGACACCGCCAGAGCGGAAGGUCCCGUCGCCGAGCCCGCCAUGGCCGGCCGCCCCCAGCCCGCCGCCGGGCCCGCCACGGCCGCCAGACCCCAGCCCAUCGAGCCCGGCCGCCCCCCGCCCGCCGCCGCUCCCAGCAACUCUGAACCUCCACUGAUGCAUGAUAUCCCAGAGCACCAAGGCAGCAGCACAGAGAGUUCAGCAACCAGUUUGGGAAGCUCUGUCACAGCAUGUAAGAAGAUUCUCUGCAGUAACAGUCUGCUAGAAUCAACAGACUACUGGCUGCAGAAUCAAAGGACACCAUGCCAAAUUGGCUUUCUGGAAGACAAGUCAGAAAGCAACUGUGCCUCAGUGUGUUUUGUGAAUUUAGAUGCGAACAGAGAUGAUUGCAGUGAUGAGAAAGUGAAGCAGAGGCUGAUCAGUGUCUCUCCAAAUCUCCCCAAACUCAUCAGCUCGAUGAAUGUUCAGCCACCCAAGGAGAAUGAAAUCGUCCUGCUGAGCGGAUUAACCUCGGGAAACCUUCAGGCUGACUAUGAAGUUCCCCAGUGUCCUUGGCUGGCAGAUGUCUGCCUGGUUCAGUGUGCCAGGGGGGACAGGAAGAACAGCACAAGCUGCAUCAUUUUUGAAAUAAACAAGUUUCUGAUUGGACUCGAGCUCGUUCAGGAGAGACAGCUGCAGACAGACACUCACAUCUUAAAGCCCGAGGAUGACACAAACUGCUCCGUGUCCUCCAUAGAAGAAGAUUUCCUCACAGCAUCUGAGCACCUUGAGGAUGACAACGAGGCUGAUGAAUAUAAAUCUGGUCAUGAAAAAGUAAGUGUUUCAGAAGCAUCUUUGGAUGUAAAAAAAAAUAAAGGAAAGGGAUUUGAAAGUCUGCACUACAGAAAGGCCAGGCUGCCAUUGAUUCUGGAAAGGAGCUGCAUUCCUAAAGAUACUGCUGCUCCUAGAGUCCCUGAAGCUGUGAACGGUGGGGCUGAAGAUGGCAUCUUACAAGCUGAAGAGAAGUCAGACCAGGAAACAGUGUUGCAGAAGGAAUUAGCUGGAAGAUCUACUUCAUCCUUUAGUACUACUAAUUUGACUAGCACGGCAGAAAAUUCCUGCUCAGCACACAUGUUAGAAGAUGGAUCUUUAACCGGAAUGGCUAAAGAGGAGCCGGAGCCUUUGUGUGACCCAGCAGUGGAACACAGUGGGAAGACAGACAGGGAAGAUUGUGCAGACAUCAGUAACAGUGACCCUCCCUUGCAGAAAGAGCCGGCGACUACAGGUCAGUAUGCCACAAAUUUGGCAGAAUCUGUUCUGCAGGAUGCAUUCAUUAGACUGUCACAGUCUCAGCCCACUUUUAGUGAGGAGGCUGCCAUCAGCAUCUCCGUAGGAAGCUCCUGUAAGUCAGAGGACAUAUCUGCUUCCCGAUCAUGGAACGAACUUCCCAAGAUAGUCAUUGUGCAAAGCCCAGACAGUUCAGAGAACGUGUCUGACUGGCCAGGGGCUGCCUUCCCCAGCCUGUGCCACUGGGCUGAGGCAGAAAGUUCUUCUGAGGUUUUGGAUUACUUUGAGGAAGAACAGUCGAACGGGCAUGGUCAGAGCGCUCUGGAGGUGGCUUUAGCUUGUGCAGCCACUGUUAUUGGAACCAUUUCCAGUCCCCAGGCUGCAGAAAGAUUCAGACGGGAUCAAGAAGCAGCAGACUCCAAAAGUGGAGCAGUUGAUAAUGAAGAGCUACACACAGCAUCACCACAGCUACUCGACGACUGUGCUGGCACAGAAUAUUCAUUUCCAUCUGCACUGUGUGGCAUGACUCAGGUAGCAAGUGCUGUAGCUGUCUGUGGUCUGGGGGAAACGAAGGAAGAGAAGUACUCCGUAACUUCAAGUGGACUGCUGUCUGCUGCUCAGACAUCCACAGCUGUCACUCUGCACUGCAGCUUAGCUAUAGGAAGCAGCAUGGAGAAGCUAAACAGCAGCAUCGCCGAGACACUUCUGAAGGAGGCAUCAAUCAUCCUGACAGCACCCAACACGUACAGAAAUGUAGGGCAUUUUAUGGAAUCCAUGCACGGGAAAAUUAUCGAGACGGCAGCGAGGCCGCAGAGUCCACACACAGGUGAAGUAAUCAGGGAUGAACUUGCGCAAAACCUAUCCAAUAUUAUUCUACGGCAUUCCAUUGAAGAGGUGAGGAAGAGGAGACAGCUUUGCCCCCACGCAGAAAAUGGCUCAAGUGCACAAGACAUUUUCAUGGAGACUGCAAACGAGCUGCUUUUUAAUGUGAUAUAUUUCACUUGCAAGAAGAUGAACGACAUAAGGCAAGUUGAAGAGUGUUCUCCUCUUUUCUCCAAGGGGACAAAAGCAGAGAAAGUAACAACACCAGAAGGAUGGUCAACACAGGCCACAGCACAUGAAAUGUCACACAGCCCCCAUGAUCCAUCUGCUGUUGAGCCUUUUGGUACAUCCUACAGCACCAGUGCUAGCAAAGAUCUGGGAAAUGUCUCAAACACCAGGAGCAGCAACGCAAAAGAUGUGAAUAGCAAGGAAAGUGCCACACUGAAUUCAGAACCAGUGAGUAGAGCCACAGGGCAUAACGCACUCAUUGCAAAAACAUCCCCCAAGAGAAGAUACCUGAAAAGAACCACACGAGACUGUUACAAAUCCCCAACCCAGAAUAACAAUAUUCAGAAGAAGAAGGACUACAGGUCAUUUUCAGACAGAGAAAAUAGCUUUGCAAACAAUGGUGUUCAGGAAGAGCUAUCUUCCAGUGCCACCGAGAACACAGAGAGUCAUGGCAAGCACAAGAGUGAGACAGUGCUAAACAACGACCUCCAGGUUAGCUUGUCACUACUAGGAAAUCACAUCCUGCUUCCCUCCCAGCCUGUGCUGCAGGUGAAGAAUUCAGUGGACAAAUACUGUAUAACAGAUUUUGCAGAAGAAUUGGCAGAAACAGUUGUCUCUAUGGCAACAGAAAUAGCAGCCAUUUGUCUGGAAAAUUCAAAUGGGAAGCAGCCCUGGUUCUGUGCGUGGAAGAGAGGCAACGAAUAUUUGGUGACCCAGAGUUUAUCAUGCAGGACCAUGAAGCGGAAGAAGGAACCCCACGCUAAUGGUUCAGUUGUUCGGAAGCACAGAGCACCUCGACUCAGUGAGAUCAAAAGAAAAACAGAUGAGCAUCCUGAGCUAAAGGAGAGACUGAUGAAUCGGGUAGUAGAUGAGUCUAUAAACCUCGAGGACACACCAAAUUCAGUCAGUAUCUUUGCAGAUGAAGUGGCUGCCAAGAUCAUGAACCUCUCUGAGCUUUCUGUGGUUGACAGCAUCUGGCAGGGUCCAAACCACCCCAGAAACAGGCUGCAUUGUGACAGAUGGAGCCGAGCCAAGGCCUCAAGCUGUGAGAGCAUACCAGAGGAGGACUCGGAUUCCAAAACUUCUUUGAAUACCUUAGGCCUAAUGAACACCUUGGGUCACUCUGUGAGUCAGACAAGUUCUGUCUCAAAGCAGUCGAGUUGCGAAAGCAUUACAGAUGAAUUUUCAAGGUUUAUGGUGAACCAGAUGGAAAAUGAAGGAAGAGGGUUUGAUUUAUUAUUGGAUUACUAUGCAGGAAAAAAUGCAAACAGCAUCUUAAAUUCUGCUUUGCAACAGGUAGCCAAGAAAAAUGGGCACCUUAAUGUAAGGCCAAGUUGCCCAUCAAAACAGUCCAGCACAGAAAGCAUCACUGAAGAGUUUUAUAGGUAUAUGCUAAGAGAAAUAGAAAAGGAAAAUAAAGAUAACUUAUCUUCCUCUCGGAAUGCAAAGGACUGGUGUGGCAGCUUGCUUCCACCUUCCCUACGAUCACCUUUUUGCUUUAGGCAGUCAUCGGUGCCUGAUAGCAGAGCAUCAGGCUCUAGGCUAACAGUGAAUGUCCCAGUGAAGGCAAAUUCAUUAGAUGGAUUUGCCCACCACCACCAGGAUUCUUUAAGCGUGCAGCCGGUCAGUACCGUGGCUUCUGCAGGCCUUUGCAAGUCUGACUCAUGCCUGUACCAAAGGUGCAAGACCGACCAGAUAACGGACAUGUUGAUUCACGAGACGUGGGCAAGUUCUAUUGAAUCUCUUAUGCGCAAGAACAAAAUCAUAGCGGAUGAGGCUGAAGCUGCAGAGACAGAGCAUUUCCACAGUGACUCCCCACCACAGGUGGAACAAUAUGCAAACAGACUGGCUGCAAAUAUUGUUGAGAGUGGUAAAAGUUUAAUUGUUGUCCAGCAGGACUCCUUUGAUUGUACAAACCAAGAACACAUGUUGGAAAGCAAACACUCCCAAAGCACAACUCCGAGUCAGUCAAAAUCCAGUGUGGAUGGUGCAAAUGUGGAGAAAAAAGAGCCUGUGAAGAGCUCUGCAUGCCUCCCUGUGGGUCAGCACAGGGAAGUGCCUUUAAUUCAGAUAGAAACUGAUCAACGAGACGAACCAGACAAAGACUUGGAGUCUUUAACUUCACGUGGGCCUUCUGGAAAGGAGCAUCUAAGCAAAGAAAAGCCUCCAGAAGCUCAUGAUGGGAAACACACCGUUUCCAAUUCCCUGCGAAACAGCAGCAGCCCACAGAGCAGAGCUGAUGCUGAAAUCCCAGGAGAGACAAAAGCAGCUGAAGAAUUCCCGAACCACCUCAGCAGCAGUGAGGAGAGCACAGGCAGCUGGUCCCAGCUCGCUAAUGAUGAGGACAAUCCCGACGACACAAGCAGCUACCUACAGCUCAGCGAGCGAUCCCUGAGCAAUGGCAACAGCAGUACCACUAGCAGUCUUGGCAUUAUGGACCUGGAAAUUUAUCAGGAGAACGUGACAUCUUCUCCUGUGAUUAAUGAAUUAGUGGAAGAAAAAGUUUUCCUUACAGAACAGACAGAAAAUACGGAGGGUAAGUUGAACUGUAUUGAUUCAAACAGACAAUCUGAGGUUAACACAAGUCAUGGCACACUAACUGUUGGGAUUGUUUUUCCAGAAAGCACUUCUGAGCUUUCAGUGGGCACAGCUAACUGUCAGAAGGACCUGCUGGUGAUAAACUUUGAUAUGGAACCGGACAGCCCUGAUGCGGAGCUGAGAGCCACCCUGCAGUGGAUAGCUGCCUCUGAACUUGGAAUCCCAACCAUCUAUUUUAAGAAGUCUCAGGAAAACAGAAUUGAAAAGUUUUUAGAUGUUGUGCAGUUAGUUCAGCAGAAGUCCUGGAAGGUGGGGGAUAUCUUCCAAGCCGUGGUGCAGUACUGCAAGCUCAGCGAGGAAGGCAGACAGAUGACAUCCAGCCUGUUCGACUGGCUUCUUGAGCUGGGCUAAGGAAGUUCACCUCCUCAGUGUCUCCAUUUGGUUCCACUUUAACUGAGCAGUGGAUUUCUGAACAUCAGUAGGUAAAACGGGCACAGAUGGACAAUCUCCACAGGAAGAGCACGCAUCCAUUCCAUGACUGCACACGGAGCAGAGUGAGCCAAGGUGUAUUGUGUCUGUCUGUACGGCAAGGGACUCAUGACACAUUGUGCUAUAGGAUGGACUGGACUAGGAGGGGCUGGGUUUGCAGCUUUCUGAACUAAUGGACUACACAGUAAAGGCUUAAUUAAGUAUCUAAUAUGUACCUUUUUCAUCAGUUUGGUUAAAUCAAUCAGCUAAAUGGAAUAGUACACUAACAUUCAGGUUUAACACACCACUAUUUGUACAGUUUGACUAUUGGAGCCAGAGUUUAUCCAUGCAGCCUGGAGACACCCAUGACCCUAGUGAAAUAAUGAUUCUGUUUUUAAAUCCCCACAGUCUGCUAAGGGGUGGAAACUUUUCAACCCUUAAGACCUUCACAGUCAGAUGCCACAGUAAAAAGCUGCUGGAAACACUUUCUUUCAAGAUGAUUAUUUCUCCUCUAUAGCUGUUCCCAACUCCCAUCUCAGUGAAGUGAAAUCCAGCUUCGGGGUCACUGCCCUCAGAAUUCACUUCUCUGCACAUGGAGGCAACACAGCACAGCAUGGUGCAGCCACACCCAGAAUACCCUUGAGCACAGCUGCCCACUGAGGCAGUAGGGCUCUACACCUGGUCCCGCCACAGACCUGCCAUGAGUCGCUUCACCUCUGUGCCUCAGUGUCCCUACCCAGUGAGGGGGAGUAAUGACAGUACCGUCCUUAUGCAAAGUGCUUCUGUUUCAAGCACUCUGUAACCUGCCACAGAUCAGUUAAAAGAAGUGGGGAAAAAAUACUAUUUUAGUUUAAUCCAGUAAAUUGUUAACAAGGUGAAGAAAUGUGUAUCUGAAAAGUUUCAGCUCAUAAAACUCUUUGGUUUUGUAACUUAGAAGAAAGCAAAGCAAUGGUUAACAUUUCAGCAGAUACCUGUUCAUUUUUGGGGUGUCAGUGUCUGGAUGAUGUGAUAGCUCACAUCACUAAUGUCUCUCUAGCUGUUUGCCAAGAUGUGCUGUGGUGUCACCUGGUUGAGAUGAUCAGUUAGUACCACGCACUUAACAAUGCAGUCUCUUGACUCGUCCAAAGAGCUUGGGUUGGAAUUUAAAGGUAAAUUGCAACUGGUCAC